AUGUUCAGUUUCGGAUCGUGGCUUUUAGGCCCUCUAUUGCCUAAAACAACAUUGGCCAUUUUUGUCCACGCACUCCUCGCCUCGGCUAGUUCGUUUUCCUUAAACGCAGUUCGCGAUACUGCGAAUGAUUGGGCUUCAAUUCCUUCAUCAUCUAGUCUCCAGUGGACGUCAUGCUUUGACAACUUCACGUGCACCAAGUUACAGGUUCCGCUUGAUUAUGGAAAUCCUGCGAGAGGGAGUACUUCUAUUGCGAUUGUGAAAUAUGCUGCCGAGAACCAGACGGCGGACACCCAAAAUAUAGUCAUCAACAUAGGUGGUCCGGGUGGGGUAAACACUGACUUUCUCGUGGAAAAUGCAGCAGUAGUGUCGGGAAUGAUGGGAUCUCAGCAUAACAUCGUCGGCUUCGAUCCACGUGGCGUUGGAUAUAGUGGCCCGACUGUAGACUGCUGGCCUGGUCACCCGGAGCGAAGAGCCCAGUUUGAGAAACUAUACUAUCCAUACGUCUCUAACGCAUCGUCAACCGCUCUUGACUAUCAAUUUUACGCCGCUGCGAUUUUUGGACAGGCUUGCAACCCGACUGUAGGCGGGUCAGACGGAAAUGCCAGUUUUGUCAGCACACCGGCUGUAGCUCGUGAUCUACUUUCCUAUAUCAAGGCAGAGCAAGUUGCAGCGGGGAGACCAGAAGAGGAUGCAAGGCUGUCAUACUGCGGAAUGAGCUACGGGACCGUGUUGGCUACUACGUUUGCUUCUAUGUUUCCCAACAACGUAGGUCGCAUCAUUGCAGACGGCGUUUUGGACGCCUCUGAUUAUUACGAUCUUGGGUGGAAGACAAACCUACAAGAAUCAGAAAGGGCCCUCGAUAAAUUCCACCAGUAUUGUUACGAAGCUGGACCUCGGAACUGCUCAUUCUGGGGGCCUUCUGUUAGCAAUAUCAGCGAUCGGUUUCAGACAAUGUUUGAAAAACUCAAAUCCAGUCCUGUGCCAGUCCCUGCUUCCCAGAUGUGCCAAAUUCCAAUUUUAGCGACGUAUUCGGACCUUAAGCAAUACACUUUACAGGCCCUUUACGACCCUUUGGCGAAUUUUCCUAUUCUAGCCGACAUCCUCUCCGGGCUGGAGGAGGGAAACACUACAAAUUAUAUGCAAGCGGUAACUUCUGGAAGCAUACCCGCAAACCCUUGCAAUAAUGGAACCUCUGGAAGCACUGUUGAUGCCGAUACUUUGAUAAAGUGUGUUGAUGGUUACGGGGGCCAAAAGUUUGAAAAUGUUGGCGAAUACCGAGUCUAUGUAGAAAAACUAACCCAUGAAAGCGCCUUUUUUGGCGAGGUCUGGCCGAACAAUGCCAAUACUGUGGCUUGUAGGGCUUUUACGGCUGAGCUGCCUGAGCACGGGAAACUUCAGCGCUCAAUAAUGGAGACUAGGAAUACCUCCUUUCCAAUUCUCUUCGUUACUUCUGAAAUUGACCCCGUGACCCCAAAGCACAACGCUUAUAAAAUGUCAUCCGUCUUUCCAGGAUCUGUGGUAAUCGAGCAAAAUUCUGUAGGGCACACUGCUACGUCAUCUCCAUCAAGUUGCCUAAUUCGGCACCUUCAGGCUUAUCUGGCGGGCCAAAUUCCGAGUCCAAACACUACCUGCCAGGCCGAGAUGUUGCCGUUUCAAGGAUCAGGUAUUAAUUUUAGAUGA